AUGUCGCCCCCGAUACAUCCACCAAGACAAAGAAAGGGUUUUACCAAGAGCCCCAAGUACUCUGAUGUCAAUCAUUUCCAGAUUGUCCAAGUUGAGGAAGACAAGGAGGAUGAAAUGUACUGCUCGGAAUUGGUCAGACGUUUGAUCAUGUUCCAACCUAUCACCGCCGCCGCUGCUGUGUUUACGGGUUACAGGUAUUGGAAGCUUCAGUUCGCGCAGCUGUUGAUGUUACAAUCCCUCGGAAUGAAUAUGAACACGCGUCUCUUAUUCGCUGUCAUCGACUUUAUCGUGAACAUGCCGACAACCUUCAAGGCUGUCCUGGACACGAUUUCAAUAUUGACCCCUAUGCCGCGGCGUCCACAUCUAAAGCUUCGAGGCCACCUUGUCCCGACGGUGGACAUUAUAAUCACUGCCUGCAACGAGCCUGUCGACGUUUGCCUUGACACAAUUCGGGCUGCCAUCAACAUCGACUAUCCUACCUCGCGAUUCAGAGUCAUUGUGGCAGACGACGGAGCAAGCAAGGAGCUCCAGAGCGGCGUCACUGAGCUGGCUAGAUCGAAGCCAGAGGCACUGUUAUUCUACACCGCACGCGUCAAGGGUGAAGAUGACCGUCACAAGGCUGGAAACCUCAACCACGCCUUGAGAUUCACAAGUUCACUGCCGGGAGGGCCUGCUGAGUAUGUGUCGGGACUUGAUGCGGAUAUGAUCCCGAUGAGAAACAUGUUGCGAGCUCAGAUGCCUCAUCUUCUGCUCGAUCCCAAGAUGGGCCUGACGUGCCCGGCAGCAACUUUCUAUAACGUCCCUGUGAACGAUUGGCUGCUGCAAUCUCAGACAGUGCACAACAAAUGGGAGGAAUUCUCGAGAGAUAGAAUCAACGAUGCUUGGUGUACCGGCUCCGGAUGGGUUGCCAGACGUUGCGCUAUCGAUGAACUCGGAGGAGUCCCAAUGCAAACGAUCGGGGAGGAUGCUUUUAUGUCCACUGGCAUCUCCAAUAACGGCUGGAGCACUGCCUUCAUUCCGCAGUCUCUCCAAUUUGGAUUGGUGCCCGACACAUAUGGCAGUCAUCUAAAGCAACACAGAAGAUGGAAACUUGGUGGUCUGAUCAUUGGUAUGGACAAAAGAUUUGGCCUUUGGGGCAAGAAUGUGAAAGGAUUGAGCUGGAAGCAGCGACUCUGGUGGUUUUACUAUCCUUUGAGGGCCUUGACACUACCACUCAUGACUCUCGGCCUGUUCACUGCUCCCCUUUUCAUGCUCGCCGGAACGCCAUGGGUCGUCUACGCAACGAACAACGAUCUUAAAGCCCUCACGCAAGCCUCAGCACUAUCCUUCAUCAGCACCUUCGCUCUCAAGUGCCAUAUGUCCUUGAAGACUGGUUAUAGGGCCCACAUGAUGGAACAGUGCAAUGAGAUCUGGAUCGCGCCUUAUCAUACCAUCACACAGCUGAAGACCUUUGUGUUCCCAACCUGGCUUGGGGGCCAGCUGCUGACUUUCGUGCCAACCGGAUCCAUCCCAAACCAUCUGCACGAACGAAAUGCCAAGAAGCGGGCGUCAUUGCAGAGCCGGCUACGCUCGAUCCUGAUCAAAGACGGCGCGAUGUUUCACCUGCUCUUCGUCGCAUUCUGCGCCACCGCAAGCAGCUUCUGGACGCACAAGGUGUUUGAGAUCCCCGGCGUCGCGGUCCGUCACAUUGAGGUUCCAACACAUACAAAGUAUGGUGGCAAGCUCGAGCAUAUGGAGCACAGAUCAGAUUUUGUAAGGCCGGGCAUUUUGAGAGAUUUUGGCGGCAUCUAUCUGGACUUCGACGUUGUCCCCAUCCGGGACAUGAAGCCACUACGCGAGAGUGGCUUCAGGAAUGUCUUUGGCCACGAAUUUGGCGAGAAGGUUAAUAACGGCGUCAUGCUGUCUGUCAAGGGAAGCCGCUUCAUGGACAUCUUUGACAGAGACCAACACGAGGUCUUCAGCGGGUGGUGGAUCGAGCACAGCGUUCUGCAGCUCACGAGGAUGGCAAAUGCCUUGAUGGCUGUCCCCAAUGAAGUCCUGAUCCUUGAACGUCAUGCCUUCAUACCCGACGGCUUUGAUGACGAAAGACAUGCGCGUCUAUUCCGCAUACAUGCAGAGCCAGCGGUGGGCAUGGAUUACGAGCAGGUUAGCCUGGAAGACAUGGCUGAUGAAGGAUUUUCAUAUUGGAACUGGAGCAAGUCCAGGCGGAGACAAGACUGGGAGCGCGACUACUCAAAGUCAUAUACGAUACACGCACUUUCUCCUCCACUUCAUGUAGCAAAUCGGACCCCCGAUUGCUUGGAGAUAUCGUGGGACUAUGUAAUGGAGAGGACGAGCAACUACGCAGCGCAGAUUUAUCCAGCUAUGUUACAUGCUGACAACAAAAUGUCUAUCACUGCAUCCCUGACUAGAAAUAGCUAG